AUGUCACGGUCCUUCUACGUCGACUCCCUGAUCAUCAAAGACAACGUGCGAGCCGCGCCUCUGAGCGAGCACAGCGGGCAGGAUUUUCUCAUCCCGCUGAGCAUGCACUCCUCCAGCGUGAUGACGGUCACCGCGCCAGUGUGCCCCUCCAGGAAAAGCGGCACUUUCUGCGUCUGCCCGCUCUGCGUAACGUCCCACAUCCACUCUCCCCGGAGCAGCAUUCCGCUGCUGAAGCCGCAGUUCCCGAGCGGGGACCCGCAGUACUGCCAGAGGCUGGCGCACCAACAGAGCCCUGCGCUGACGCAUCCCGGACACGCACCUGUCUGCACGCCCACGUACAGCGUCACAGAUCCCAGGAGGUACCACUGUCUCUCAAUAGGCGCUUCGGAGAGCAGCCAUAUUCAGAACGGGAAAAGGAUGCGCACAGCCUUCACCAGUACACAGCUUCUAGAGCUGGAGAGGGAGUUCUCCUCAAACAUGUAUCUGUCCCGACUACGGAGAAUUGAAAUCGCGACAUACUUAAACCUGUCCGAGAAACAGGUGAAGAUCUGGUUUCAGAACCGCCGGGUAAAGCACAAAAAAGAGGGCAAAGGAGCACAGAGGAACGCGCACAGCGGGUGCAAGUGCGCGGGCAGUCACGCGCACUACCCCAGGUCGGAGGACGAGGAGUCGUUAUCGCCCGCAUCUGCAACCGAAGAGAAGGAGAUCUCCCCCAUCUGA